UUUGUUUAAUUAAGAUGCAUAUAAACACUUUACCUAAGAAAUAAGCUAGCUAAUUAUCAGCUGGUGUGGAAAAAUAUCAACAAUGACCAUUACAUUAAUAUUAUCGGUUGUUGGAGUCCUUGCUAACUUGGCAGGUUUCAGGGUUCAUGCACAGGAGACGGCGCCUCGCAUCAUCCACCACCCCUCUGACGUGGUGGUGAAAGUGGGCAACCCUGCCACGCUCUCCUGCCGGGCGGACGGCAGCCCCGAGCCCACCAUUGAGUGGCUGCGCAACGGCCAGCCCCUGCAGACGGUCAUGGAAGAUAGCCAGUCGCAGGCCUUGAUACUGUCAGACGGGAGCCUCUUCUUCCUGAGUGCAUCGGGAGGCAGGCGGGGUCAGUCACAUGAGGGCAUCUAUACCUGUGUAGCACGCAACAGUGCGGGCAAGGCCACCAGUCGCAACGCAUCACUAUAUAUUGCAGUGUUGCGGGAGGAGUUCAGUGUGCAGCCCAGUGAUGUGGAGGUGGCAGAGGGGGAGAUGGCUGUCUUGAACUGCGGUCCCCCAGUGGGACACCCUGAACCUCAUGUUACCUGGAGGAAGGACGGCCUCCCCAUCAACACCACUGAUCAGCACUACACUGUGCUGAGUGGCAAGCUUAUCAUUGCUCCAGCAGAGAGGAACCACUCUGGUGUGUAUGUGUGUGUGGCCUCCAACACUGUGGGUGUAAGGGAGAGCAGGGCCGCUCGUCUGUCUGUGCUAGCCAAACCUGUUUUGAUGCUGAAGCCAGAGAAUGUGUCGGUGAGGACGGGGGAGUCGGCCCAGUUCUACUGCCAGGCUAAAGGAGACCCUCCACCUGCUGUGGAGUGGAGCAGAGAACAGGGGCCACUGCCAAAUGGCAGGUAUCUGGUGAAUCCAGACCAGACUCUUGAGAUCCACUAUGUGACAGCACAAGAUGCAGGGAAGUAUACCUGCACUGCUGUCAAUGAUGUCGGUGUGGUCACUGCCAGUGCACAUCUACUGGUUGAGGAGGCGGCUAGCACCAAACAGAAAGACCUCCACAGAGAGCUGUCGGCCCUGCGAGUGGCCCUGGAAAAUGUCACCAUCAUGGCCCCUGGAUCCAACAUGUCCCAAGUACAGUGGAAGCUCCAGUCCCUCCCUGCACAACCACAUUACCUCGAUGGGUUUGAGGUCCUUUACCGCUCUCUGCUGCCUGCUAGCUCCGACUGGGCAGCAAAGAGGGUGACACGGCCUAACUACCAGACUUACGUUGGCCCUUUGAAAAGAGGCUACAAGUAUGAGUUCAAGGUUCGUCCGUAUGGGAGCAACUUGUACGGAAGAGAAAGCAACACCAGGCACCUGAGAGUUCCUGAGAUUGUGCCCAGUGCCUCACCUCUUGCAGUCUCCAUAAUGGUGAGCCAUGAGCAGAAUAACACAGUCCACUUGAGUUGGGAGCCGCCUCCUCAUGAAACCCACAACGGCAUCAUACAGGGCUACCAGGUGUGGUGUGUGGAGUCAGAAGUGCAGCAGUACCAGAACUGGACAGUAGACAGCAGCCGGCACAGCCUGGACAUCUCAAAUCUCAAUCCAGGGAAACGGUACUGGAUCACUGUUGCAGCCGUCAAUGGAGCUGGACCAGGAGUACAAAGUGACCCCAGUGGAUUUGUCAUAGACGCCAAAAAUGGUGGGUCCUCCCAGUCAGACAGCGACAAAAGGAAUAUGUCCCAGGUCAUGGCCGUCCUCCGGGACCCAGUGUUGAUUGGAAGCGUUGGCGCCCUCCUGUGGUGUGUCCUGAUGGCCACAGCCGUCUGCCUCUUUCGACGCCACACCAGGACAGGUCACCUGGGGCCAGGGUGUAGCAAGGGUAGAGGUUUGCACAAACUAGCAAGUGAAGAUCUCAUCAUAAAACACAGGAUGGCAGCACCAGACUCCCCAUGGAUCUCUGGAGCAUGGAGGCCGGCCCAUUGUAAUGAGAAGUACCAGGGGUUAUGGGCUCAAAGACAGCAACAUCCAGGGAUCAGGAGUACCAGCCUCCCUGUUACAGCCAAGAAGGACCCCAGCAGCCUGGACUCCGCUGGCCCCAUCGUGUCCGACAGCUGCGGCGUCUAUGGCACCUUUUAUGUGGAUUUGAUGGGCAAUGGUCUGAAGACCUUUAACAGCCCCGGGCGUUGCCCCAAGAUGCCCCAUGGCCCGCCCCAUCAGCCUGGAGCGGAGACCAUCCGGAUAUGCACCCAGCCUGUUGCAAAGACGUCGAGCCCUGGAAGCCGUGAUGCUCUGCCAUGGAAACAGGCCAUACGCUGCCAGCCCAAGAUGGGUGUGCUGAUGGAGUCUUGGGAGAAGAGCCACAGCAAGCAAGAGUUGCACGCAGUGAGCAGCGUCCCUUUAAUGCCAACAAGGAGCCAGGCCUGUCCAGCCUACGCCUACAAACAGAGGCUCAGUCAGCUGCCACCGAGCCGAUCUGGUGGACACCCAGAGUCUGUUAAAAUUGCUGGCUCCCCUCGUGUCCUGCAUUACUCUGCAUCACUGCAUUUGGUGGACAUGUUGCCCUCCCCUCCUCCAAUCCCCACUGAUGACACCACGGAUGCACACAGCCUCACUUCAGAUGAAGGCUCCAGCCGCUCUACCAAGCUGACAGUGGACAUGGGGUCCCUCCAGUCGGUGUGUGCAGCAUCAGGCCACCUUGGGCACCCAGCACCCACACACAGCAAUACGAACACCAGCUGCCCUUCAUACAGCCGCCUGUCCACUGCUUCCUACUGCAUGUCACUGGAUGAGGAGCAGGGCAGCACACUAACAUCACAGGAAGUCACCCAAUAUCUGGAGCUCAGUCCAAAACCUGAGAGCCACAGUGGCCCAUCACAGUAUCAUCCCUCCCUGUCACAUCCCUUCUCCCCCACCCUGGGCUACAUCUGUGGCCCGCUGCCGUCCAAUCAGCUGGAGGACAACGCUGCUGUUCAUGAGCAGGAGGCUCAGCUAAUUGGCUCGAGACGGGCCCGCCUCCAGAGCACGCCCUCGUCCUGCUACAGCGAGUGGGACAGCUCACUGUGGAACACCUGGGGCUCGGUCGUGGACAGCAACAUGGCCAGCGCCCGGACCAGCCUCAUCAGCUCGGUGGACAGCUCGUACAUGAACGACACCGGCACCUUUGCCCGAGUCCUGGCUGUGGCAGCUGAGUCCAUAAGCGGAGCCUCUUUCUCAGACUUCUCUCCGCCGGCCUCCCCGCUCAGUGCCUUGUUCCCUCCAUUUCGUGGAGACGGCGACUCGUUGGGGGAGCCGGAGCCCGUGCCAGCGUGGGACUGGAACAUGGCCUGGGUUGAAGAAAUGGAGAACCAGUACAGAGCUCAGUAUCCUGCCAGGAACACCAAGCCCUUCGACAUCUAGGGACUGUGCCAGAGCAAUUAAUGAAACACCUACAGAAGCACCUCAUAGAAACUGCAGGCGAGGAGAAGGGACAGAAAUAGCACCGUAACAAUUAUUGAUUUAUCCGCUUCAGACUGUUGGAAUCAAUUUUGAGUCCAAAUUAUUCAGGGUUUGAAGGUUAGAGAUGGUAUUCAGCUAUAAAUAGAUCACUAUUUGGGUUUGAGAUAUAAUUGGAGAUAACUCCUUGAUGUUCAGGACACCUCCUCUCCGAGCAGAUGCGAAUCUGUUGUUGUUUGUCUGUUAAUAGUUUUCCCACUUUACCUCAGGGCCGUCCAGCCACUAUUUUGCAUCCUUCAAAUGACUUUUGUUGAGUUUCAAAAGUUUUCUUCCUGUCUGCGCAUCCUUUCCUCUCAUUAGAGAAGAAGAUAAUGAGAUACUUCCCUUGGGAUGUUCUCACCCAGUGUGUUUUGAAAAGGCCAGAAAGACACAAAGACAGGAUGCAAGACAGUGAGAAAACAGUCAUUAGGAAGAAGAGGAGCUGUGCUGCCGUGUUCCUCACAGCAGAUGUUUAUUUCACAUGUUGCAGGAUGUUCCGACGGCUGAAGUCCUACCAAAUAAUACACACCAUAGCAACUUUGUACAGACUGUUUAAUUGAUCAUUCAGUGAUAAUGAAGUGUAAAUAUGCACAAUAUUCAGCCUAUUAUUUAAAGAAUUGUUGAUUGCCUUCCAAACCCUUCUCUGUCUUAUUUCUUUUGUCAUUCAUUUUACAUUCUAGGACAUCUUUUGUAUUUUUAUAAAGUGAUUAUUGUCCUCAUAGGCUUGUCUUUCCAUUUUAGAGUGUUAGACAAAGUUUGCAUUAGCCAAAAUGUAGUUAACAAUGCAUAGCAAAGUUUAUUUUGAGAUUUCACUCUGUUGUGUUCAUUAUUAACUUGAACUAAUUGAAGCUUUGACCUGUGAAUAACUUGAAUUUUAGUAAGAAUUCGACAAGAAUGAUUUUUAAUGCCAUUGCUACGUGCAUAGUUUAGUCCUUGCAUGCUUGCUGAAUUUUGUCUAAAUUCACUAAUUAUUAGAUGCAAUAUGCAAUUUUUCUAUGAAGUACAAAUGUGUAAUAGAAAUUUGAAUUAAAAUGUUUGUAAUUGAUUGCAGUCAAGUUUAACAACAAAAUUUUACAUCAUACAAGGAUUUGACCAUUUUUGUUUGAAUUGGCUCAGCAGCACUCGUCCUGUGUGAGCUGAGGAAUAAUUGUCUCUUCAUUAUUAAAAACAGUAUGCAACCAUAGUGCGUUUGACUGUU